AGUGCUUAUAGGUUCGUACGGAAGGUAGGCUAUUUUGAAUUUGAAUCUUUGUGAAGGUCGCACACCAUUUUAUUGUUGGAGCACUAGUUCGAAAGUGAUAUGGAUUCGUCUGCUACAUCACCAAAGAAGGCGAAGAAGACAGCAGCGCCCAAGAAGCCUGCCGCACAUCCUGCGUAUAAGGACAUGGUCGCGGAAGCAAUCAGAAUUCUGAAGGAGCGAAAUGGGUCAUCGCGACAGAAAAUUGCCAAGUAUUUACAAUCUAAUUACAAAGGUCUCGGUGAUGAGAGCGCUCUGAAGAGAAACCUGAAAGCCUCCUUGAAAAAACUGCUCGCUUCUGGCUCUCUCAUCCAAACGAAAGGGGUAGGGGCUUCCGGUUCGUUCAAGCUGCCUGCCGCUGCCAAGAAGCCUGCAGCAGUGAAAAAGCCAGCAACAGCAAAGAAGGUUGCGAAAAAGCCAGCAGCGGCGAAAAAGGCUACUGCUAAGAAGGCUGCAACUUCAGUCAAGAAAAGCCCUGCAAAAAAGAAGGCCUCGACACCAAAGAAAGCCAGCGGAGCCAACAAGUCACCAAAGAAGCCCAAGGCCAAAGUGGCAAAGAAGCCUAAAGUAGCUGCUGGUAAGAAGGCAUCAGCUGCUGGUAAGAGCAAACCCAAAAAGGCUGCCAGCAAAAAGACAGCAAAGUCACCGGCUGGGAAGAAAGUGAAGGCUGCAAAGUCAAAGAAGUAGAUGGCAUCAGUGGAGGAGGGCCAUGUUUCCCACUUACCACCUGGUUUACCAUAUAAACAAACAGCUUUUUUAAAAGCUACCAAAAAGUCGGUCAUCGGUUCUUGAUUAGCCUUGACGGCUGCAUUGAUAUCAUGAAAUUAAAUGUAGAGUUUUCAAGGCUGGUGGGCCCACAGUCACCUGCAUUUGUCACUUUUUUCUUUAUGAUGUACCUUCAUCAAAAUGAUUUACAAAAUAGGUAGCAGGAUUUAUCAUUUCAGCUAAAGUUAUGUGCAUAGUAAACUAUUUUGAAAGCACAAUUGCCACUGUAUACUAUCAUAAAAUUAGCAGAAGAUACACAUUUUUUCUGCAAAGUCUGGAGCAACUCAUAUUUUUACAGUAUUAUUAGUAACUUUUAAGAAUGCCAAUUGUAAUAACAAUUGCCAGUUUACAUCCAAAGUAAUUUCAAGACUAGUUUGACAGUAUAGGUCCUUGAUGUGCUAUGUGACUAUGAUCAGCAUAAAAAAGAAUAAAGACAACACAUGGAUAUAUCACAUAUUUUUGGUGAUGAAGUAUGCAAGCUUCAAUAUUUACCAAGUCGAUCUAAGGAUUCAUCAUUUCAUUAUUAGUAAAUUAUAUUGAGAACAAAGUUGAAAAUACACAGUAUCAUGAAGGUAGCAGAAAUCGAAUUUAUCAUCUUAUCUUACACUGUCUAGGGAAAUUAAAACUGAAAUAACAAUUGCCCUCUUUGCAGCCAAACUUAUAUCAAGAAUUGUUAGACAGAAGGGGUUCUUGAUGGGUAAUGACCUUAAUAAUAAGCAUGUUUAUUGAAGAUUUAGUCUAUUCUUGUGAAGCCAGCUUGUGGUUACCUGUUGGGUUGCUUUUGAAGAAAAUUUUAAAGCUUACUUUUACAAUCAGAGUUAAUUUACAAUUUACAAUCAAGCAAUAUGUUCAGUGCCAUAAAUUGCUGAAAUUUUGAGGUUGAUUGUGAUAUGAAUCAAGUAGAGAGUAUAGGCGUGUGUCAUACAAUGUAAACAUUUAAUGGUUGAUGUAGCUAAGAUUUCUAUGAUUGGCACACUGUAAUAAAAAUUGCCUGGAAAUGAGCAAAUUAUACUUUAUAACUAAUGUUUUUCCCUUACACAUGUUGAAAUCCAAUACCGACACUUGCAGUGGCUGAACAUUUGGGGCAAACCCACAAUAUAUUGGGGUAUUUUGGUAACACUGAAAAAACCAUAUAUUUGGUGACUAAAAAGAUUGCCAUGAAAUAAAUUUGCCAGCAGUUGUAUAAUAAUUCCUAAUGGUUUUAAAUUCAGAAUAAGAUAGAGUAAAUGAUAUUUCAUAUUUAUUGUGACCUCAACAUUUUAAAUACAUACAUAUGUAUUACAUUGUGGGCUUAGCACAAAUUGAAAAUAUUGUGCACAUGAUAUAAAUUGUAUGCUCUUGAAUUCAGUCUAGCACUAUGAAAAAGUGAUUCAUUUUUCCCAUUCUACAGAGUACAUGACCAACUAACUACUGGUAGUUUGUGACAAUGUAACUACCAGUAGAUUAAAUUAUUUGUAAAUGUAAAUUAUUUGUAAGUAAACUACUAAUGUAAUUUAUUUGCAUGUACCAAUGUAACUUAAUAUUACAUGUUAGUUUUAAAAGUACAUGUAGAUAUGAAGUGAACUGA